AUGGCAUGCGCCGAUGCGACGGACACCACCGACGGCGACGCUAUCAUGACGACGCUGGUCGACAUCAGCAAGUGCUUCGGCAGGGUCAUGUGGAUCAAGAUCAUACGCGCGGGUCAACGCUACAGCUUCCCGACGGACAUCCUCAAGGGGGAUUCGUUGGGGGGCGACCUACUCCUACGCGCCAUCGCGGGGGCGCUGCCUGGCUGCACGAUCGCGAUGCACCUUCUACAGCUGACCGUGAUGAUGUCAUUCGACGUGUUCAGCGCCUCGCUGCAUGGCCUCAACGUCACUCUGGACAUCUAUGUGGAUGACAUCACUAUGCAGAUCCUGUCCCACUCGGCCGAGAUGGCAGGGCUGGCGUCAUCUGUCAUCGCGAGGCCGGUCACGGUCUCGGAGGCGUUGGAGCUCCCGACUGCCAGGGACAAGGCCAAGAUCAUGGGCUCUUCGUUGUGGCUGGCUGAGCAAGUGGCGCGACGACUCCACGCAUUCGGCUUCGAGACGGCGCGGCAGAUCACUGUCUUGGGACUGGAACGCCGCGCGGGCGCUCGACUCACCUACUCGGCGAUCCACAGGAGGGCGCGCGAGGAGGCCCCGCACCAGAUGCCCGAGAGCAUGGCCGCGACGGGGCCGAUCUACACGUGGGCGCAGAUGGCGCACGGGCGGCAGGUGUCACUCCACCUCCUUGAGAAGGCUUGGGACAUGCAGGACCCACGGGGCCACUGGAUCAAGCCGAUUGCGGCCAAGCUCCAGGCCAACCCAAAGGCAUCCAAGUGGAACCUGAGCACGCGAGCGAGAGGGGCAGCACGAUCGACUUCCAUCGGGGCCCAGUGGACGCAGCAGAGGCUCUACUCGGUCGGGUACGUAGAUGACCCCAACUGCGUCUUUUGUCAUGACUGCUGCGGGCACCUUCAUCAUAGGCUCUGGUCAUGCCCAAUCCUGACGGACAUGCGCAUGGAGACCGUGGAUGCAGGCAUCAGGAGACGAGCAUUGCAGGCGCCUCCCAACGACCUCUUCCACACGAGAGGUCUUAUGCCGCGAGCGGCGCCCCCUGCGCUGCCGCCACUGGUGGACACGCAGUCCGGGCAUUACUGCGCGGGCGGCAGGGACACGACGAUCACGGCGGAGAUCUUCGCAGGUGGCUCGACCAAGCGCCCGCUGCAUUGGCCUGGGGCGAACCGCGCUGGCCGGGGCAUCGCGGCGACGAAGGGCAAGGCGCUGCAGGGCAUG